AUGUCAGCUGCAGCAACCGGGGCCGCAGUGCCCGAAACCCUGCGACAGCGCGGGAAUGCCCCGGCUGACUCGCGGAACUAUGUCGUGGCGCCCGAGUCCGACGGGCCCGUCAACGGGGCCGCGCCUAAUGAGAAGAAGCCCGAUCGGGACGCUCCUGGCCGGAAGAGGACGUACGGCCGCACUCCCGACGGCACGGUCUUCGUCGUCCCCGAGACCCAUGACAUGGUCUCGCAGCUUCUCGAUCCUCGCGAACCCAAGAAUUUCUCUGAUGUCAUUGUGCUGGCAACUCUUGUCUUUCACUGCUGGCUUGCGUAUGCGCUGCCAUGGAGCCUCAAGCGGCCUGUCUUCGCUGCUCUCUUCUUGUUUUGGAGAGCCUCGUAUAAUGUUGGUAUUGGCUAUCUCUUGACCGUCCAGUCUAAGUACAAACUCCUGGUGACCUGGGCAAAGAGGUGGAAGCUGUUCGAGGACCCGGAGACCGGGAAGAACCCUCGACCAUGGCUCUACCACCUGCUCCAGCAUGAACUCGAAGCCAAGAUCCCCAAGGACUACAAGAUGAGCCAAGCUCCUAUUGAGUACAAUACCUGGCUCUGUUUCCGUCGCCUCGUUGAUCUCAUCCUCAUGUGCGACUUCUUCUCGUACUGCCUGUUCGCCAUCGUAUGCGCCAGUAAGCCUGCUGGCGAGGGCUUUGGUAUCGCUUUCAUCCGCUGGACCGUUGGCCUGCUCUUGAUCGCCUUCAAUUUGUGGGUCAAACUUGAUGCCCACAGAGUUGUGAAGGACUAUGCCUGGUACUGGGGCGAUUUCUUUUAUCUGAUCGAGCAGGAGCUCACCUUUGAUGGUGUGUUCGAGAUGGCACCUCAUCCGAUGUAUUCUAUCGGCUAUGCGGGUUACUAUGGCAUUUCCAUGAUGGCGGCCAGUUAUGACGUUCUGUUUAUCUCGAUUCUCGCACACGCUGCUCAAUUUGCUUUCCUUGCCCUCGUCGAGAACCCGCAUAUUGAGAAAACGUACAACCCUCCUCCACCCCGCAGGAGGACUGAAUCAGAAGGAAGCAACAACGGCGACAGCACCUCUGAAGUCAAGAGACCACUUGUACAGCCGGAAGCCCCACCUCCGCCGGUGCACAACCUUCUAGGCCUGAAGAAUUUCGACUUCUUCCGCACCACGGAUUACUCGACUGUGCUUAUCGUCACGUAUUUCGGUGCUCUGACUCUUUUUACUCCUUCCACCGCCACCUGGCGGGCUGUCUUCAUCUUGAAUGCGUUGUUCUGGCGUCUGUGGUUCUCGAUCGGUCUCGGUGUCAUCCUAACCAAGCAGUCUAAGGAGAAAAUGUUUACCAGGCACUUUGUCAAGUUCGGUGAAACUGCUGGGGAAGCAUGGCGGCAGUGGAAGGGCAUGUACCACAUCAGUACGACCAUGUGCCAUGCUUCGUUCCUUGCGGCUUGCUGGAAGUUGUACACCUAUCCAGAGGACUGGAGCUAUGGCUGGGUUCUCUUGAAGCAUGUGGUCGGCCUUAGCUUGAUCGCGCUCCACAUCUGGACCGCCACAAGCAUUUACGAAUCGCUGGGCGAGUUUGGUUGGUUCUACGGUGACUUCUUCUUCGAGAGCACCGGCAAGCUUACUUACACUUCCAUUUACCGGUUCCUCAAUAACCCGGAGCGCGUCAUGGGCACUGCCGGGCUGUGGGGGCUGGCCCUCAUCACCUGGAGUCGGGCCAUCUUCAUGCUUGCAUUGAUUGGUCACAUCCUGACACUCGCUUUCAUCGAUUAUGUUGAAAAGCCCCACAUGCAGAAGAUCUACGGCGAGAAGCUGCGCAAAGAGGCUGGUCUGACUAAGUUCAUCAAGCGUAGUCUCCCGCAGCCUGUCAAGGAACUCGGACAGAGUGUUGACAAGGUUCUGGAUGAGACCAAGCACUUCGUUGAUGAAUUUGUGGAAGUGGCUCGUUCUAAGCUCGCCGCCGGGUCCUCUACGAUUGUUCGGGACACUACCGCCCUGUUCAACAAGUAUCCCGCUCGCCUCACUCUCAGUCGGAUAGCGCCCGACCUCGCUGGUUACGACCCCAAGCAUUAUCGUAUCACUCUUGAGGGCACUCCUCUGGUCGGCUCCGAUGAGAAAGCCAGCGGCAAGGAAAGUGCCAAUGCGCGCGUACCCAAGGAUGUCAAGACCAUGGUCUUUGAAUAUGGUGCUCCGAUUCGAGUUAAGUGGACUGCCCCUGCCAACCACAGCAAGAAGGACUGGGUCGGUCUCUACAUGGUCACAGACAACCGGUCACGCGAAGUCACCGAAGUUCCGUCUCUCGGCCGUUGGGUGCCUUGUUGUGCUGGUGAAUAUGACACAACUACCGACCAGGGUAUCAUUUCGUACGACAAGCCCCUCGCUACCAGCAGCGACGGCGUUGAACUGGUCGAGGGCGAGAUGGUCUUCGAGGGAGACAAGCUGUGGUGGACACAGGGUGUUUUUGAAUUCCGCUACCACCAUGGCGGCGGCCAUAACGUCAUGUCCAUCUCAGAGCCGUUCGAGGUGCGCAUUGCCAAAAUUGACGAUGAGAAUCUUGGCAGAGAGAUGGGCAUCGACGAUAUCGGGAAGGCUCUCCUUCCUGUCGUCCAGAACUGUCUCGACCGCGACCCCGACAUUGCCCCAGCUACUGUGGACGAGCCAUUUGGCGCCCACGUUGAGCGGGAUAGCAAAUAUGCCAGGCGCGUUGUGUAUGCCAUUCACCACAUGUUUGGUAUUGAGUUCGCUCCCGCUGUGGUACCGGCCGAUGGCAACGUGCGGAAGCUUGCUUGGCGAGUGUGCAGCGCGAAGGAGGUUCUGGCACCCUAUAGCAUGUCGCAACGGCAGGGACCCACAACGCCUGUCAGGGAUAAAUUCCCUACGGCGUUUUAG